GCAGCUUUUAAUAACCAUAACAAGCCUGCGGCUCCCUUUCCAGGUGGUAGAGAAUAGUAUAUUCUAAUAACUAUUAUAUCUGAUCCACUCUGGUACUGAUUGAUUAGAGCUCCUGUCUGCGAAAACGCUUCGUCGCCGCUUGCAUGAUGCUGUGGCUGAACAACAUACCUCCCCACUGAACGAUUUACUUGAGGGCGCUAAAGUAUCACUCGCUUUAGAUUGUUGGACCAGCCCGUUUCAGCAGGCAUUUAUGGCAAUUACAGCCUACUUAUCGACAGUGAUUGGAAUUAUCGAGAACUUCUUCUUGGCUUUGAGCCAUUACACGGUCCCCAUUCAGGGAGCACUGCACAUGACCUGUAAAACGUCACGUGAUGCUAGAAUGCAGCCUUGCCUAGUAGGGAGUAGGUGCUCCAACAAGAUGGGUACCCGUCCCGACACAUCAAAGGACCGGAAAUGAGGUCAGGCUUACCGCAACGUUCCACCACCUCAACUUCUUUUCUCUCUUAAGAGGGCUACUACUGGGAACCAGGCUGCAUACAUUCCACUUGGUCCGCCAGGCAGGAUAUCCGAGCUAAGGAGAGACGGGGAGAGGGAUAUCCGGACGUCUGGAUUGCCGACGAACUGUUGGAUCCCAUGCACUCGGGGUGAUAUUAGUACACGAAAGAGAUGGUCGGUAAUUUUACUCUUAUGAUAGCUACCUGGUAGUCAUAGUGACGUCGUAGUAGUAGUC